AUUUCCUCAACUUCACAACAUCUUGCUAAAAUAGAUAUUUCUAUAAAAAAAGCGUGAUACAGAUGGGAUAGAAGCCUCUGUGAAGAUCACACAGCUCAAGCCAAAAUCUCAGGAAUGGCUUCUAACUUCACUUCUAUGUACCUCCAAAUGAAACUGAAGGAUCCUAGGAGACACAUUCCAAGAAGUGCUAGUGGUAUAAGCCAUGAGUCAAAGCCUUCUUCUCACGGACAGGCUGCCUCAUCUCCAAGGAAUACAGCCACUGUGAACCCCUUAGGCCAUAUACCAUUAAAUGAAUCUUUUGCAUCUAAUGGAACUCAGCCUAUUCAUGAGACAACUACUGAAGCAAGCAGGCACACAACCAGUUUUUCAGCGACUCUGAGAACGUUAGCCCAAAAGGCGGAGGAUCCAAGAGGUGCUCGCUGCAAUAAGGACGUAUCUCCAGCAUCGUCACCAGCAAAUCCUCAUUCAUCUCCUAGCAGUGCACACCUUGCACAUUCCACAGCACUAACGGAUUUUUCAGCUAACCAGAGGUCUGUGAAUCCAACGCCUGUUGUUGCUAUAGCACCAACAAAGACUGUCAGAAGUCCCUGGAGAAGCAUGAAUCAGCAACCAGAAAGUACUACAAGGUCUAGCAGCAACGAAAGUCACCAACCAAGUGAGCAGCUCUUAAAACAAGAGAAGAGUUUUGUUUCGCCUCACACUGGGUUCUACCUGCAGAGUGGUGCAUCUUCAGAUGUACCACAUUCUCCAGUCAGUAUACAGAGGCCUAUUCCACGCGUAGUUUCUGCAGGAACCAGAACAGACAGCUUUCUUCCAACACUAAGACCAUAUCCUAAUGGGGACGAGCAGCAUUCUGCACCAUCGCUACAUGCAUUGUCUCUCGAUCCUGCAGCUGUUGCAACGUAUUUUCACCCAGCCAUACUAUCUCAGCACAUCCCUUUUCAGCGUCCAGUUAGUAGGUUUGAAGAUCCAUACAUCUCAGCUUUCCGAACUCUCCCCUUUCAUCUGCCUGAUAUUAGUUCUUAUCCUACAGUUUCUAUACCAUUUCCAAGGCACUCUCAAGAUAUAGGCAACUCCACUCUCACAACUCUGCGGUCAACACUUAAAGAAAGGAGGAAACAAAAUAAACAAGAACUAAAACGUAAAGAAAAGAGAUCAAAAUCAGAAAAUGAGUCCGUUCAUGAGUUUGGAGUACCAAGGGAAACACGGCAAAGAAUGAUGUCCGACUGGGAAAGAAAACAGAAUGAAUUAGAAUGGAAGAAACUUUUCAGCAGUAGACAAGACAUGAAGGAUCAAACUCGGCCUAUGGAAAUGAACUCUGCUUGCUACAAAUAUAGUCCCUCAAAGGAACUGCAGAGACAGGAAUCAGAAGAGCAGUACUUGUUACCUUCACCAAACAUUAUUCCAAGUAGGUAUAAAGGAGCAAGUGAAUAUUUACCUCCUUGGAAUCUGCUUCCACCAUACAUGCCAGGAAGGUCAAAUGACAUUCAGCUGAGCAACAGAAAACCUCCAGCUUUAACAACGGACAUUCAUUCACCUUCCUCUCCUACAGCUGAAUUUUGUUACCUGACUCCUUCACUUUUUAGCUUUUCUGAAUCUGGUCAGAAAGUAGCACUUAAAAGUAAUGGUUUGCGCCAUCACAGGCAAACUAAACUAUUAGAAAGAAAUACUGGUCUUCUAAUGAGUCAUCAAGAACUCAAAAAACCAAAUGACACGGAAGAGAAAGAAGUAGAUAAGAAAAUGAACAUUGUUGGAAGCGAAACAUUCUCUAUUUCCAUAGAUGAUGAAGACAGAAAACUGCAGAAACAGUCCACCAAAACAUCAAUUCCAAGUUCCUCUUGGCAUCCAACAGACAAAUUAACUUCCAGCCAAAAUCCAUGCCCAGUUAUGUUUGCACUUGACUUCAGCACACAGAGAAGUCAUAACACAGGGAAAGAUGAUGAAAUAACUACAGAUAAGGAGCAUAAAUAUACAGAUGAGUCAAGAACUAAUCAGCAGUCAAUACAAACAGAACACCAGUUAUGUAACAAAGGGGAAAAGGUACCACAGAUGUCAAACACAGAAUCAUCCAGUACUCUUCAGGAUGCCCGGGAUGCGAGGACAUUUCCUUACAGAGGCUCCACGUGUCACAUGUCAAGUAGUGACCAAGGACAGUUACAUCAAGAAUGUUUAGACUUAUCUUCAGCUUCAUCUGUAAAGACAUAUGAACACACUGAAGAAGAAAGUGCAACUAGAUGGAGUAAUAGUAAAACAUCAUAUGGUAGCACAGGCAAUGAAGAUGCACCAUUUGAAAAACCUGUUAAAAGCAAAUUAGAUUUGCUUGAAAUAAAACAGAAAGAGUCACUUGACAAAGGGAUUUCUAGUCACAGUGACACCUCUUAUGAAGAAACUGGUGAUGGAAGCAUCCAGAAAAGGUGUAAAAGGCUUGUAGAUCUGUCUACAUUCAAGAAAAGCAAAUCACCCAGGAAGUUGCAGUUUUUGGAGCGACUUGGGUUGACUGCGCAGAAGAGACAUGAAAUGCACCAGCAGAAACUGAGACAGAAAAGGAUGUUGCUCCCAGAACACAAUUCAGACUUGGCUUCCUGUGAUGAAAACACUCUCCCAUCAUUUACCCCCAUAGCCAAACCAGGGAGCCCCCAGCUGAGUGAAUGUGGUAAUACCACAUGCUUAAUGGAAAAGAAGAAAUUACUUACGCUUUUACAGCCAAAACUUUCUUCAUUUUCAGAAAAACAUGAUAGGUAUGGCCCUUGUGCAAGUUCUGACGUGCAGCAGGAGGGACCGGUAUCCAGCACUGAGCUAAGCGAUUCAAAUGUUCAUCAGAAUGAUGAUAAGCAAACAAGUGGAUCAGAAGAAGAGGAGGAAAAAGACAGACCACAAAAAUGGCAAGGCAUUGAAGCACUGUUUGAAAAUUACCAGGAUUAUCUGGAAGAAUGUGAACUCGAAAUGAGUGUCCUCCAUAAGCAUCUGAAAUAUCUGCAGGCAAAAUAUGAAGAACUUAAUGCCACAGAACAACAUCUCACAACACGCAUGACGCAACUUAAAGCAUGCAGAGAAAAACUUGAUGCAGAAAACCAGCAUUAUCAAGAUACAACUGACUUCCUGAAGAAUUGCCUUAAUUUUGUGUCAUCUGGGAAUUAAUGCAGACUUUAUGAAACUGUGUAACUUGUUUGGAAUACAAAGGACUACAAUGACUUUUUUUAACAAUUCUGUACUUUAGGUACUCAUGUUAAUUUAAAAAAAACAAGUUGUUUCCUAAAUACAAGAGAAAAUAUUUUAACUGCAAUGCUUCUCAACAAUAUAGUAAUCCAACCAAAUAUGUGUUCCAAAGAAACAGCUAAAAGGAAAAUCUUACAAGCAUUAUCUUCAAACGUCAGAAUAAAAGUGUUUUUAUACAUUGA